CUUGGGCGCGGACGGGCGCGAAUUGUGGAAGCGAGAACCGCAAGGCUGCGGCGUUACGGCGCCUGAGGUGCCGCCUCUGUUCUAUCUUGUGGGGCCAUUGCAGAACGGAGAGCCCAACCGCUGCAACCCUACGCUAAACCCCUCAUUACUUUAACGUUGGCUUGGAAGAGCUACUCUAAAGAUACAGCUGCAUCUCCUGGGAACUGAUGUUGGAUGUGCAGACAGGAUAUUUAAACUUCACGGGCUUGCUUUUUGCAGGUGGAGCUGGAAAUGAAGCAAUAACAAACUUGUAGGAGACCAUUGUAACUUUUAUACCAAUGACAUCUGUGCCAAUGAUACCUGAAUCUUAUAGCCAUGUAUUGGCAGAGUUUGAAUGUCUCAGUCCACUGCUUUCUGCUCUCAGGCUGGAUUCUAGUCGUCUGAAGUGUACAUGUAUAGCAGUUUCUCGAAAAUGGUUGGCAUUAGGUAGUUCAGGUGGAGGCCUGAAUCUCAUCCAGAAAGAGAGCUGGAAACAGAGGCUUUUUCUCACUCAUAAGGAAGGUGCCAUUUCCCGCAUUGCUUUUUGCUUACAUGAUGAGGACUAUGUUGUUGUAGCUACAAGUCAAGGCCUUGUUGUUGUCUGGGAAUUGAAUCAGGAACGUCGUGGGAAGCCAGAGAGGAUUUAUGUUUCUUCUGAGCACAAAGGGAGAAAAAUAACAGCUCUUUGUUGGGAUACUAGUGCACUUCGUGUUUUUGUUGGUGAUCAUGUGGGAAAGGUGUCUGCGAUCAAGAUUAAUACAUCCAAACAAGGAAAGGCCGCUACUGCAUUUGUGAUGUUUCCUGUUCAGAUUAUAACCACUGUUGAUUCCCGAGUGGUUCAACUUGAUUAUUUAGAUGGAAGGUUGCUUAUCUCUUCUCUUACUCGCUCUUACUUAUGUGACACUGAGAGGGAAAAGUUUUGGAAAAUUGGCAAUAAGGAAAGAGAUGGUGAAUAUGGAGCUUGUUUCUUCCCACUUGGAAAGAGUUGCGGGAGCCAGCAGUCACUGAUAUAUUGUGCACGUCCUGGUUCACGGAUGUGGGAGGUGAACUUUGAAGGAGAGGUCCUAAGUACACAUCAGUUCAAACAGCUCCUGUCAGCACCGCCUCUCCCUGUUAUUACUUUAAGGGAGGAUCCGGAGUACAGUGUUUCUGGCUGCUCCUCUCAGUCUUUGGCUUUCCCCAGGAUGCUUUAUUUAAGCGAGCACUGUGUAAUGACAUGGACAGAAAAAGGCAUUUACAUUUUCAUUCCCCAAAAUGUCCAAGUUUUGCUCUGGAGUGAAGUGAAAGAUAUCCAUGAUAUUGCAGUAUAUAAAAAUGAGCUCUUCUGUUUGCACACCAAUGGAAAAGUCUGUCACCUCUCCCUUCUGCCAGUUGAAAGAUGCAUAGAACGUUUGCUUAGGAGAAGCUUUUGGAAUCUUGCAGCCAGAAUCUGUUGUCUGUUCCAGAAUUCUGUUAUCUUGUCUCGGGCAAGAAAAGCUCUUCCCGUAGAUAAGCUAGAACACUUGAAAUCGCAGUUGGACCUUUCAACACAAAGUGAUAUCAUUGCGCAACUUGAAGAACUAAUCUCAAAACUUGAGCCUUUAGAUUCUGCAUGCAGUAGCAGGAGAAGCAGUAUUUCUUCACAUGAAAGUUUCAACAUACUGGAUUCUGGAAUUUAUCGUGUUAUUAGUCGAAGAGGCAGCCAGUCUGAUGAAGAUUCUUGCUCCUUACAUAGCCAAACCCUAUCAGAAGAUGAAAGAUUGAAAGAAUUUCAUACACACCAGGAAGAAGAGCAGCUGGAACUUGACAACGUAUCUCAUGCUUCUGUGGUGGUCGACACUGAUCGGAAUGAGCCUUUUCUUCCAUUCAGUAUUCCAUUGUCAUUCCGUUCCCCAUCUCCUCUCGUCUCCCUUCAGGCUGUCAAGGACAGUGUGUCUAGUUUUGUACGCAAGACCACAGAGAAGAUUGAAAAAAUUGGUACUCUUCAUGUGAAUUCUGAUAGAAUGAGGCAAGAUAUGAAAAUUGAAGAAGAACCACUACCAGAAGUGAGUGCUAGUAUUGUAGCACAGUGUCCGGAAGAAGAGGUUGAGCUACAAAGCCAGCCUCCAGAAGAAGACCACCUUAAAGAACUCAGGGCAGCAACUACAGAGACUCUGACCAGACUCCAGGAUCCACUGGUUUUGUUGCAACCACAGUGCUUGAGGGCGGUUUUACUCGAUUGGAUUCCAUUUCUAGAAGAAGCAUUUCAAUUCAAUGCAGCUUCCAUUUUGGAUGAAGGCUUAUCUCAGAUAUGUAGAGAGAUGCCUUUGCAUCCUGAGGAACAGGAAGUUUUUGAAGAAAAUGUGGAACCAGAUCAUCAUAAUGAACUUGUAGAUAAGGAAGAGAGAACAGUUUUAAGAACAAAUUGUGAAAAUGAUGUAAAUAAAGAACAGGGAGGAACUGUGGAAGAAAAUACUAGGUCAAGUAGCACCAGUCAGGUUGAUAAAAUACUGUGCAAUCAAACUGCUAGGUCAGAGAUAGAUUUAAACCAAUCUAUUCAAAUUUAUCCUCCUUGUUUCAUAGCACAAAACAUACAAAAGGAUCUUGUAGAGCUGACAACUUUAUGUUUUGAAUCAAACGUAUAUAUGCAUUCACAAAUAAAUGCAGACCAGUGUGUGCAGUCAGAAGCUUUCUGUGCUUCAGCUUGUAGAUUCAUGAAGGACUAUUUUUUUCUACUGGAUUUGGAAAGGCUAAAGAAAUACAUUUUAACCUGUCACAGCAGUCACGCCAAAGUUUGGGAAACAUAUAUGGAAGGACUGAAAGAACUGACUCUGACUAGCCCAGUCACUAUGGCACUGGAAAAUGGAGAUAUGUUUAAAACAAUGAAAUUGCUAGUUGAUCUGGGCCCCUGGGAUGCUCCCGUGUUGCUGGCACAUGCCCAAAGGCUUUAUGAAAGAUUUGGAGAAACUUCUCUGAGGCUCCUGAUCAAGUUCUAUCCCUCUAUUUUGCCAUCAGACAUCAAACAAAUUUGUAAAAGCAAUCCUGAGCAUUUUCUAGCAUAUUUAGACAGUCUAAUCAAAUCAAAGGCUGAAGAUGAACGGCUUUCUUUCCUUAGAUCUCUUCUCCAUCCUGAAUCAUUACGAUUAGAUUGGCUAUGUUUGGCAGUUACUCAUGAUGCCCCCCAGAAAGCAAGUACAAUGGAUGCUGAAGGAAAUCCACGGCCACGUUCACAUUUGUUUACUUGGGGAUACAACCAACUGAUUUUACUAUUGCUUAAACUCCCAGCUGACACUGUAACAAAAGGGAAGAUGUCUAACAUAUGCAAAAGCUAUGGCUUCUGGCCUGGAUAUCUUUCUCUCUGUUUGGAGCUGGAUAGAAGAGCUGAAACGCUUACUAAUAUUAUUCAUUUGGAUGAUAUGAACUUGUUGGAUAGAGAACAUGGGGCAAUUCCAGAGACGAUGGAAGAGUGGAAGUUCCUUCUGAGCCUUGUGAAGAGUCAUCACAGUAGUGCCCUUCAUCCUGGCAUGCAAAAUGGCAGUGCCGUUCCCAAUGGUAGUCCAGAUUGGUCAAAUUAUAUUACUGUUGAAAAUGUGGGUCUCUUGUUGGCCAGAGUAAUUGGCCCAGAUCGUGCUUCGCAGCUGUUGCAGGAAUGUGGCCUGAUGGCUGAAUUAUCUGAAAGAUUUGCCAAGGUCUGUGAGAUACUAAGAAUUGCUGAAAAAAGACAACGAGCCCUGAUUCAGUCCAUGCUGGAAAGAUGUGACCGAUUUUUGUGGUCUCAACAAGCAUAGCAAACAGUUCUGGAAUAUAAUGAAGGCAAUCAGAGACAUAUUCUUCCUGUGCUGUACUAUUUUCAAGAAGUCUUCCUGUCUAGGCAAAGGUGCAUUUGCACCAACAUAGGGGUAAUGAAGCUUCAUUUGCUACUGGAUUUCCAUCAGUCCAUAUUUGAGAGUAUAUUUCCAAUUGCUUAUUAAAAGUGCCAACUCAGCAGAAAUACUUGUACAUGGGAAGCACUGCUCUAUCAAGUUUAGGCUUGAAAAUGGGGUUCUUUAUGAAGGAAGAGGUUGUUAAUGUUCAGAAUGUACAUUUAAAUUCUAGUAUUUCUUAUGUUAUCAGAAACAUAAGCAAGUUGUAUCAAAUCUCUAGCAGUUUGUCAUUUGGUUUGCAAGAAGCUGCACUUAAAUGAAUGUAUGUAAUUGCACAGACUUUUACUGUUAUAAUUGAAAAGUUACCAUGUACCUUUUGAGUUAAAUAGUCUCUGGAAAUCUAUAGCUGUUGAUUUUGUGCACUAUUAAAUUAAACAUGAAAAGAUAUUAAAUUUCUGAUCUUCUAAAUAUAUAUCAACAUAGUACUGUGAAAUUCCACUAGUUUUAUUCAUAAUUUGAAGGAGUAAUCAACAGAAUUAAGAUGCUAAUACUUAAAUAUAACUGAAAAUAAACACUGGCAGAAUGUGCAUAUGUUAAAAACUGUAUUUAAUGUUUCAGCUUUUAAAGAGUUGAUGUAAUUUUUGUAUGCUGUUGCAAAUUGUUGCCUCCACCAAUUACUAAUACAAUCUACUAAAAAGCAUCUAAAGCAUUUAUGAAAAAAUCUUUUGCACUUUUUCUUGUUUACAACCUUCAUGCAUGCUUACUCAGCAGUGAGUUUCACUGUUCGGUGGGGCCCAGCUAUGCAUAGAUAGGAUUGCAUUGUCAAACUGGAAUAGUGAUCAAGGUUGUGUUCUUUUUUACAAUUGCAAUGCUGUAUUGGUUUAGAAACUAUGUAUUUUAAAAUCUACCUAAUGCUCAUGUUACUUUGAUCAAAAUAUCUGUGUAUGGUUUGGUUUUCUCUAUGUUACAAUUAUUUAAUUUCUGAUGCUUUAUUUUCUAUAAUGGCUUGGAUCCAAAGUAGUUUAAGGUUAUUUCUGUUCACAUAAAUGGGCUUUUCUGUUUCCCAUUCUAGCAGUAGGCCCCCAUGUCUUCUGAAAAAGGUCUCUAAAAGUUCAACAGGGGGACGGAUGACCAUCCAUAUUGCUUGUUCAGGAAAUGGAAGGAGCUGCUAUUGUGUUGUGUGUGUUAAAUCAGUAACACUCCCUAUACUAUACUUGCAUGGAAUGCACUGGAUGGUUUGGAUCCAAAUAAAUAUAAAUUAUACUUUAGGAGUAUGGCAUGUAGAGCUAUGCAAUUUUUGUACAUUACUAGUGAUUAUUGAAGUCUGGUAAUUUGGGAUGGGGAAGGUUAUAAAAUUGUGUUACAUUAUUAGUCUUGUAUUCCAGCUGAGUCUUUCUGCCGAAAUCUGAAAUAGCACAAUUAACAUACUCUUGUAUCCUUAGGUUUACUGUUCAGCAUUGAAAGGGCUACAUCUCAUACUACCACUAAUGAGUUCUUGUCUCUAACCUUUCUGCAUCACAUAGUAUUAGGUAAAUUACCUUCUUUUGGGGCCUUAUUUUUCUAGGCUACAAUCCAAAGUGACCUAUUUGCCACAUUCAAGCUGUUGAUGCCAGGGUCAUUUCCUCUCUUCCCCACAGCUGCUUCUUAGACUUUUGUUGUUCCCUUGAGUUUGGGGGCUGACUUCAUUGGCACUAUGGAGGCGGUUUCCAGAAAGAGAGGUUCAGAAACCCUGCUGUGUGUGUAGAACUCACCAUGCAGUUUGUUUCGAGUCUAGGCCCUAUUGUGCAACUCAGUGCUCACUACCUCACAUUUGUUUUGGGAUAAAUCCAUUCAGUUUUAAGAUUGUUACCAAUUCACAAAGUGAGAUCAUGAAAUAGUACUUUUCAGACAGGAAGCAAUACAGAAUUUUGUGAAGAGAACAUGAUGUGGAACAGCUAAACAUUUAUGAAAAAAAAUCUUUUGUACUUUGCUGCAUCAUACUUGUUUGUAUUUUUAAAACAAAUUGACUUCAACUUUAUUUUAUGGAUACUUUUCAUAUUAAUAGCAGCUUUGAAACAUUGAUUGUAACCAAACAACUUUGUUUAUGGUUUUAGUUAAUGUGGAGUUUAAUAAAGCUAAUAUAUCUUA